GGUGUAAGACUGAAAACAACAAAUCCUUGUCCCUUUUCAUGAAUUUGUAGUCUUGCAAAUCAAUGCACGUAACUUGUCAUAUCUCUGUCUCAAAUCCGUUCAUUACGUUUCUUUUCUUGUCUGUACACAAUUUAAGGAGACCUGUUCUUAUUUUGAUUCCUGCGAUUUGAAUUACCUCGCUCGCAUGAUCUUGCCCGGUAGUUUCUCGAAAAGCCACCUUUCCUGCAUCUAAUUAUUGUCCAUAUAUAUACGAUGUAUAUACAUGCUGUCGUCGUUGUGGGUUUGACGUGUACAAUGAUGCCUGUCUGUUAGACGAUUUGGUUCAAUGAUUGCGCUUUUAAAACCGGAACCCGAAACUCUUCUUCCAUAUCUUCAAUUUGUUUUUGCAGAAAUAAUUUUUCCAGGGGGCUUGGAUAGCUGAGUAUCAAAGAGGAAGAAAAAGAGUUUAUUGAGCUGAAUAUAGAUAUAUAGUCAUUCACUUCAGCUCAAAGAACCAAGUAUGGCUGCAGAGUAUAGAGAGCCCCUGUUAAAGAAGAAGUACUAUAAGAACUGCCCUGGAUGUAAGGUUGAUGAAAUGAAGGAAUUGGAGCAAGGCCUCCCAAUUCGGCCACUGCUUUCCAUAUGGAUUAUUGUCUUAUGCACUGCUCUGCCGAUAUCAUCUCUCUUUCCUUUCCUAUACUUCAUGAUAAGGGACUUUCAUAUUGCUGAAAGAGAGGAAGAUAUUGGCUCCUAUGCUGGUUAUGUGGGAUCUGCAUUUAUGCUUGGAAGAGCUUUAACAUCCGUAUCAUGGGGAAUAUUUGCCGAUCGUUAUGGUCGAAAGCCUGUAAUAAUUAUGGGAACUACUUCAGUGGUUAUUUUCAACACCCUUUUCGGCCUUAGUGUAAAUUUUUGGAUGGCUGUAAUUACAAGAUUUCUUCUUGGAAGUUUGAAUGGCUUACUUGGGCCAAUAAAGGCAUAUGCAGUCGAAAUUUUUCGAGACGAAUACCAAGCAUUAGGCCUAUCAACCGUUAGCACAGCUUGGGGCAUAGGAUUGAUCAUUGGCCCUGCUCUGGGAGGUUUUCUAGCUCAGCCAGCUGAGAAGUAUCCAAAUCUCUUUUCCAAAGAUUCAUUGUUUGGAAGGUUUCCAUAUUUCUUACCAUGCUUGGCCAUAUCAAUUUUUGCCUUGGCAGUAACCAUUGCUACUUGCUGGCUUCCGGAAACACUUCAUAAACACAAUGACAAUGAUCAAUCAUCUGAUGAUUCAUACGAUGCUUUGGAAGCUGCAUCUAAUGAAUCUAACACAAAAGAUAUAACAGAAAAGGAGGAAGGAAGAGAAUCCACUUCUAAGCAAAGCCUCCUAAAGAAUUGGCCUUUAAUGUCAUCUAUCAUUGUCUAUUGUGUUUUCUCCCUUCAUGAUAUGGCCUACACAGAGAUAUUUUCUCUAUGGGCUGUUAGCCCUAGAAAGUAUGGAGGCUUGAGUUAUUCGACGGAGCAAGUCGGGGAAGUUCUUGCAGUCUCAGGUUUCAGCCUUCUUGUCUUUCAAAUGUCCCUAUAUCCAUAUGUAGAGAGGCUUCUUGGACCUGUAAUGGUGUCUCGGAUUGGAAGUGUCUUAGCCAUACCUCUCUUGCAAAGUUAUCCUUUGAUAGCCAUGUUAUCUGGCUUCACUCUUACCUUGGUAAUAAACUGUGCAUCAGUCCUCAAGAAUGUUCUAUCAGUAUCAAUCAUAACCGGAUUAUUCAUUCUGCAAAAUCGAGCUGUGGACCAGCACCAAAGAGGAGCUGCUAAUGGCAUUGCCAUGACUGGAAUGUCUCUUUUCAAAGCAGUUGGUCCUGCAGGAGGUGGUGCAUUGUUUUCUUGGUCGGAAAAGCGCCUAGACGCUUCAUUUCUGCCAGGUACUCAGAUGGUAUUUUUCGUCUUGAAUAUAGUUGAGGCAGUUGGAUUUUUGUUGACAUUCGAACCAUUUCUAGCUCAACAUAGGCAAUAAAACAAGGGAUCCCAAAUUUUAUUUUAAGAAUGCAAAAAAGAAGAGAAUACUCCAAAGGCUUAAAUCUUGGUCAACAAAGUAUCCAGAUACCAGCUAUGUCACUCGGGUUCUUAAUUCUUUUUGAAUAUUCAUAUACGAUACUAUGUUAAAUAUAGGUGUGAAAGUAACAGCCCCCCAAAAAAUGAACACACCUAUGUCAAGUCAAGGCAUUAUUUGUAUCUAGUACUUACCACUGAAUCUGAAUAACGUAGCUUAUGAGUAUAUUUAUUCUUGUCUAUUGAUGAUAUUUAGUCAUUUAUUGCUCCCAACAAGGUUUUGGCAAAAUGUGAUUGCUUUUAAUAUAAAGACUGUUUAGCAGUUUUUGAUGUA